AUGAUUUUUGAGCCAGUCCUUAAAAAAAGUCGCCGCACACUCACUCACAGUACAGGAUGACGAUAAACAACAUGAAACACAUAGAAAAUGGUUUCAAGAAAAUACUUAAGAAAAAUGGCGACCUGAGGCAGACAUCAGCUGAAAAUUGUCAAUUCAUACUGUUUUUCUGCUACAUUGCUUCCCGCGCUGGAACAGACAUCAAGGCUGCACUAGAUGAACUUGAUAGUUUUCAAGUUCACAAACCAGUCAUCCUGGUGGUGUUCCAUCACACGUUUGACCAUGAGAAAAUUAUACUGGACAGCAAUGCAGCUAUUAACAGGGAGCAAACACGUGCAGUGGACUGUCUGUUCUAUGAGACUGAAAUAUUGCAAUGUCAGAGGAAUUAUGAUGCAGUUGAUCAAAUAGCAAAAUACCUAAGAUCACAGAAACUAUCCCGUUAUGCAUGUUUAAAAGAACAUGAUGAACAUGUUUCAGUAGAGAAUUCCCCCUUAAUCUGUUCGCAAGAACCCCCUACGUGCUGCAUUUGCUCGAAUCGCAUGUGUCCGAAAUUCUGUAAUUGGAUAUGUCGGAAUUUGCAGAAUUACUGUAAUUGCAUAUGCUGGAUGUGUCCGAAUUACUGUAAUUGGAUAUGUUGGAUGUGUCUGAAUUUCUGUAAUUGGAUACAUCGGAUAUUGCAGAAUUUCUGUAAUUGUUUAUAUCCGAUGUAUCUGAAUUUCUGUAAUUGCAUGCGUCAGAUUUUUUAGAAUUACUGGAAUUGAGUGCGUCGGAAGCAUCAGAAUUGAUUAACAAAUUUUGAAUAAAAGAUUUGCAAAUUUUUAGUUAAUGUCUUUGUGAUAAGGCUGAAAUGGUUAUCUGAGAAUCAAGUACUGUGCAUGACUAUUUGAACUGAAGUUUAUAAUUAUGAUAUAGAUGUAACAAUUUUUUUUCAGUUUAAAUAGACAUCUCUUUUGUAAUUAAUGCUGAUACCUGUAAAUGUGAUACUAUACAAAUGAAUUUAAAUGUUAUAUACAAAUAUGCUAUAUAAAUUACUUGUGUGUAUAAGUAUCUACUAGGCAUGUAAAUGUACAUUUACUCAAUAAAACUAUGGCAACAGACUAAGCAAUGUUAUUAUUUAAACAAAGCUAUUUUUAGAAUUAGGUGUAAUUUUAAAAAUAAAGUUGAAAGGACCAUUGUGUGA